UUCGGAACGAGAUUGUUCAGUUUAAUGACCACUGAGCGUGAUCAACUAUCGUUGCAAGUAGAAUGCCCUUACCAAUUGCGCGGUCUUGCCUAACAUUUCUUGUUGCGAUAUUCCACGUACUCGUAGGGCUGUGGCUCUUUCUGUGGUUGUGAACCCUGUUCGCGUAUGACCAAGACUCUUAAUCACUUCACGGUUCUAUUUUUACAUCAACACACGGGCUCGUGAUACUAUCUACGACAGACUUUUCGAGUUGUAUAUUGGCUUGGGGGAUUAGUAGGCGACGGAGCUAACCUGAGCGCCUUCGCUGCAUUAAAAGUUGAGUAAGAGACAAAGUCUCUUUGGCCCAUGCCAAAGCAAAGGGUCCCGCCACCAAUACUCUGUUGAUAUUUCUUGACUUUAGAAAAUCGAAAUAGAGGAGACAAGUAAUGAGUUUGCCAGUGGAUGAUGCGGCCAGAACUGCGGUAGCAGCGGCCAUAUCAAGCAGCGCACAUUGGACUUUGCUCGGUCGCUUUGAUGACGCAAUGAUAGCACUGGAAAGGUGCCAGGAUGAGGACACACUGAUUUGCGAGAAGAUCGAGCUCUUUCGGGCAGCUGCGAGAGUAUCUGUGUCAAGGGGCUACCCGCUACAGGCCAAAGAACUUCUGGAGAAAGCACUUGAACUGUUGGCACAACACAGUCCCAACAGCGGUCUAGCGCUUAAAGUCCAUGUAGCUUAUGUGACCGUCGUCGCUUGUGGGCAGCCUUGGACCGAAAAUGUUGUGUUGAAGCAAGCGCAGGACUAUCUUGAUAGUCUGGAAGGAAUAAAUAAUCAUGACAGCAAUGAUAUUGAGAUGCAAGGCCAUCUUGCCAGGCUUUCUCUGGUGCGACGAAUCUUGUACGAAUCGAUAGAUGAUACAAGCCCACAUAUUGCGGACAGACUUCUCCCUUUGAUUGACGGCUUGAAGAAACACUGCCGCUACUACGAUAUUUGGAAACUCUGGGCUCCUUUCUAUCGUUCUUCUGGUAUUUCAGCAGCGAGAGACUGGCUACAGGAUUUCUUGGCUACUGACGAAAUACCGGCCCCAAUCAAGGGAAUGCUGCUAUUGGAUCUCGCAAAGAUAUCAAUACAACUCGAUCAAGUCACCGAUGCGAAACAGGCUUUAAACCGAGCGCAGGCAGCCUUCGCAAAGUGUAGCCAUAUGUAUGGAGAGGCCGAGGUCCAACGGCUUCGUCUCUCACAUGGUUUCCUGCCGUCAUCAAACGUACUGUCCGACUUGAUCGGCAUAGUAAGUCGAUUCGUCGAAGAUAAUUAUCCCUUUGGCGUGCUUCAUGCAGCAAUAUCGCCCCUCACUGCGGCCUUCAAUAACGGAGAUUUCAAAACAUAUUUGCUGUUGCAAGAGGUCUUUCAUAAUGUCUGUAACACUGCGGGAAUCCACCAUGAGCGCAUCAUUCUCGAAAUCCAGUUAGCUGCAGCUCUAAACGCAGGAACGGGGCACCUUGGGACCGUGUUGGAAUUGACGCGAAGACUGUUCUUAGAGUGCAAAGACAACCAGUAUUGGAGUUUGGCAUACCUCACUGGCCGAGUCCUGUCCCUGGCCUUUCUCCAAAGAGAAAUGCAAGUCGAGUCGGAAAAGGUUGCGCAAGAGAUUUACGAGUUAUGCCGUGCACAUGGGUUGAAGUCCCUGUCCGAGGCCGCUUACAAUCUGGCAAUAAUCAAAUACUCCAGGAAGGACACAGUAUCGGCCACCAGGCUAGAAAAUUGUCUCGAUAUCAUAGAAUUCCUCUCGCCGAUGGUUGACAACGACGUGGAGUCAAAGGAUCCCAAACUCGCGUGUGAAAAGUUGUGUUUGAUCGCGGACAUCCAGUUUGAGUUUGCCCGACUGAAUCAGGAAGAAAGAAACAGUGCUCAGCAAGAAUUUAAACGGACAAUCUCCAGGAUCCGAGAGAUUGCUCAAGGGCUAAAAGGUGAUGAGAAAGCUAUGACGAUAGGCAACUGUGAGGAGCUGUCAGUUAGGAACCUUCUUGUCCAAGGCAAACUGAUGCCCAACAAUGAGUCCGAAAUACAAGCAAUAGACUUGUGCGACAAACUUAUCGAAUUGUACAACAAUCAAGGCAUGAAGUUUCAUACGGCCAUGAAGUACCAUUUCAGGUCUUUGUGUCGUCACCAGAUAUACCAGAAACAGCGAGAUCCGCGAAUUCUCAUCCAUAUAGAGGAAGACUUGCAGAAAGCCGCUGAGCUUUUUGGGGCAAUUGGAUCCCAGCAGCAGUUGUUCUUAGCGAGGCACGCGUUAACGCGAAUACACGUGGAGGCCUGGAGCAUUCAUCGAUGCCCGAGUCAUCUCGUGGUAGAAAGUCUCUUGGAAUUCGAGGACGCCGCUGACCAGCUCCGCCGUGAGUUGUCCGCUCUUGGUACUCUCGAAGCUCUGUUGAUGAAACAGGGGUUUGCUGCUAGCCCUCAACUUCAGGACUUGUACUCUUGGGGAACAUUGAUGAGCCUUCGCGAGACAGAUCCAGAGAUGCUUUGGGUUUGGAGCCAGAAGAGGAAGGCUCGUAGCUUGAGUGAUAUGCUUGGACUUGGUGUCGUUGUACCCCAAUCGACUAAGCAGGCAAUCCUGGCCGAUCCCCAAGCCAGGGAAAUAUUCGAGCGUUUUCAAAGUUUGACAAUGUCCGUUGCGACAACCCCAGAGGGCAGUAAGUUGUAUGUACGACAGCACAUAAAAGACAUGGAAAUGGAGAUGCGACGAACCACAGUCCUCCGAGAUUUCAUAUCUUUACGUGAUGGAAUAGUCGUAGGGACCUCACAAAUUCAGAACCUGCGGGAAAAAGACUCUCUCGUCAAUGAGCAUAGGGACACGGUCUACGUCGACUGGAUCAUCAAUGCAACUGCAAUCCAUUUGGUCGCUGUCAGAUCAUCUGGAUGUCAGAUGUUCGCUUUGCCAACAUCUAUAUCAAGCGUCAUGGCUUGGUUAAGCGAACAUUUCUCCACUCCUGACAAACGUCGAGUAUGUCUGCAGCGCGAUAGUAUUUCGGAUCCUGCCAAACCUCUCCGCGCUGUGGACUUCUUGGUGGCACCACUUCAGCAGAUUAGCAAACCCGACGACCUGCUCGUCUUUUCGCCGACGGGGGUUCUAUCGAGCCUGCCACUACAUGCGCUGAAGUUAUUUCACGAAACAGAAGACCGCGUCGUCCAUCUUAUCGAGCGAAACCCGGUGGUCUACGCCCCUAGUAUUCCUGUGCUCGAGGCUUGCCUCUCACGCUGUCUCCACGACCUUGCGGUGGGCCGACCUGUGUUUUUGGGUCAGUUCGACGUUGAGCCAGAAUCAAAGCGUAUAUACGCCCAGAUGGCUGAGUUAUCGAAGUCUACACAAGGCGAGAGUUACUGCGGAGCGAAUGUGACGCGAGACAGCUUCCCCCAGCAAGUCAGAGGCGCAAGACUUAUACACUACCAUGGACAUUGCAAAUUCAACACCGAUAACGCACUCAAACAAUCUCUGGUACUGUCUACGCCAAGUCGUCAUGAACCUCAUGAGCAAGAGCACGAAAAUCAUAUAGGCAGGCCUCAAGUAGAAACGUCCGACGGUCUGUUUGGUCGGUCCGUUGAGCUUAGCACGGCAACAAAGGCGCAAAUAAGCCAUUUAGCUCGUGAGGCGACAGACGACAUCCUUCUUGGCCAGGAUGAAUGCAGUGCUGCAGACCUGACCGUAGAAGACAUCUUCAAGUUGGACCUUGCGUCGCCACUCGUUGUUUUGGUGGCUUGCGACUCAGCUUCACAAGAUGUGGCCAUCGGAGAUGAGCCCAUGGGUCUUAUUGCUGGUCUUCUUUGCGCCGGGGCAUCGACGGUGAUUGGUGCGACUUGGCCGAUCCCAAGUAGUUCUGGGCGCGCGUUCUCGGCAGCGUUCUACAGACAGUUCCGACCUGAUGCUGGUCUGAUCGACCUAGCGAUAUGUCUUCAACGAGCUGUGCUGGAAAUCAUGGACGACGCUGACAUGUCAGCUGUCUAUUACUGGGGUGGCUUCUGCUUAUAUGGUUCGUGGCUCUUCAAGAUGUAGUCGCCAGAUACCCGGUCCUCUGAUUGGCACGGUGGGCUGCUCAACCUGGCGUUACGACAGUCAUGGACAAGCAUCAAUGGGUCUGAAUGUGUGCAUAUGUAUAUUCUGUGCAGAGUACUCCAUAAGGUUGCGUAGCAUCCAUGCGAUACCGUGGGCCUAGGUUAGCACUGUCCCUGGGCUGCACGCGGGUUUACAGGGCGCGUUGAUCAGCACUACCCCGCUGAUUGUGGCUGCUGUAGCAUUCACAGAUCCAUA